UCACCAUUACCAAGAGGCAAGUGUCGCCCUCUUACAGCCGCGCCGCGAAGCUUUCUUUAAUCCCGUGAAGAAGCAGAGGAGGCGGCACGCAAUUAGCCAGCCCAGUCCCCUCGCCCUCACGCUGCUCAAUUGACCCGAUCGAGGAGUCGUCGCCAAGCAGGCCGAGCGAAGGGGCAGCCAAGCCAUGGCCACCGCCAACCUGUCCAGCGUGGUGGUGGCGGUCGACGGCAGCGAGGAGAGCAUGAAGGCGCUGCGCUGGGCGCUCGACAGCCUGCGCCUCCGCCCCGACGGCGCGCUCGUCGUGCUCCACGUCCAGCCGCCGCCCGGCAUCGCCGCCGGCCUCAACCCCGGCCCCAUCCCCUUCGGCGGCCCCAGUGUGGCGGAGGUGCCGGCGUUCACGCAGGCCAUCGAGUCGCACCAGCGGCGGAUCACGGAUGCCAUCCUGGAGCACGCGCUCAAGAUUUGCUCCGAUAAGAAUGUGGAGGUGAAGACGCAGGUGGUGGUGGGGGAUCCCAAGGAGAAGAUCUGCGAGGUGGCGGCCGAACUCAAGGCCGAUCUGCUCGUCAUGGGGUGCCGUGCUUUUGGCCCUGUCAAGAGGAUGUUCCUGGGUAGUGUGAGCAACUACUGCAUCAACAGCGUCGGCUGCCCCGUCGUGGUGAUCAAGGGCACCUGACCCAUCCUCGACCCAGCAGACAUUUCUUAUUGUGUUCCACACCAUGAUUCUUGAGGUUGCUACUGUGUUGUACGUACUCCUGUGCAAAUUCACUGCACACUUCCAAGACCGCCGUAUGGCUUGUGUUAUCAUUCAUGUUGUUUGUUAGUGCUUGGUUGGAUGAGGCCGAAGAACUGCUCUGUACAUUCCGUGCAUGGAGAUUGCCAAAUUGGUUCUGGGGUCCGUGGAAAUAAGAAUGCACAGCGUGCACGCUGUUUUGUAAAUUGAUCAUUGUUGUAAGUAUAUCAGCUAAAACACGGUGCCAUGGGGCACAUGGUUUUGUACAAAACAUUGUACGCGGGGCUUUGUCCGAUCUGAUCUGGUUUGGUUUGGCCACUGCACAUGCA